CAGCUGAGUGCGGGGUGCCAGCUGAGUGCGGGGUGCCAGCUGGUGUGUAGGGGGGCCGCUCAGUGUUCCUUGGUGAUGAAUCGAGUGUCCUUGUUCAGUGGUGUUAUUACCAAUAGCAAGAAUGACUACAGUAAAAAUACCUGGCUCUGAUGUUCUUCCUAAAAUUGAGUUGUGGAAUCCUACAGAGUUGGGUUUGAAGGUUGCUCCUAGAAAGGUCAAGUUUCAAAAAGAAAAUAAGGAUGAUCCAGAUCAUGUAUAUAGCAAUUGGCACAUUCUUCCAGACCUUCUCCUUGAAAACAUUUUUCAGUACCUAACUCUUAGUCAACGUUACUCUGCUUCAAUGGUCUGCAGAAACUGGUAUGAAGCCUUUUAUUUUCCUAGAGUAUGGUACACAUUUGAGCUUCAUGAUACACUUCUUACGAAACGAAAAUUCAAUUACUGUGCAGGUUGGCAGAAAUUACUGGAUCAUAUCCGUGUCACCAUCUUCCUUACCAAGAAAGGAAUGCAUAUCCGAACAUUAAUAUUCCCACCCAUGAGUAAUUUAUUCAACUUGUAUGAAUUUCUAAAUGUUUCACUGUAUAUGCAUAACAACUGCCCGGGCACUCUAGAUAAUGUGCACACUUUAAGGUUCCGAUUUGCUUGCCAGCAGACAGAACGCUCGGAAGAAGUUGUAUAUGGCACUGGUGGCCAAAUUUUGGCCAUGUUUAAAAAAGUCAUGGGAGUACUCCCUCUACUUAGAACACUGGAACUGAGAGAUUUACUUUUAGAUGGGCAUGAAGGACUUGAGUUGCUUGACGAGGUCUGUGUCACAUGCUGUGAAACUCUAAGAACUCUGAUCUUAAUUAAUAUCACAAAACUUGGACACACACUUCUUCAUCCUGGAGCAUUUGUUAACCUCAAGACAUUAUUCAUUUCUCCACAGAAUAUUGGUGAAGAUCUUCUUGAAUUACUGGCUUAUUCAAAAGUAAGAAAUAUGUACAUAGUGCAAAACAAAUAUACAGACUAUGGACGAUCCCUCAGUUACAAAGCAUGGAAACUGUGCAGAGCAGCUAAUCCCAGGCUUCGAGUUCAUCUUUGCAAUGAAGGAAGUUCAAAGGAUGAAAUCAUCUGGCAACAGCAUGCUCCAGUCAAAAGCAUCGUUUAUGAUAAUCCUUAUGCUAGAGUUACCACUCCAGUAAUACCUACAAUCAUUGAUUUGUAUAAGCAAGAUCUCGAAGUGUAUGCACACAAGCAGCUACCCAGAUUCCACAUGCCAAGAUCAUUUCAAGACAGAAUUGACUCAUCUUUAGUUUUACUGAUCAGACAGUGUCCAUAUAUUCACACACUGGUCAUACGAGAAAAGAUUUCCACAGCAACAGUCCUUUUGGUGGCAUAUACUGCAAAAAAUCUGCAUUACUACUAUAUUCGCAGAAAUGCAAUAAUUCUCAAGGCAGAUUGGCCCUGUAAUCCAGACUGGACUCCAGAAUUCUGCACAUGGCUCUGUAAGAAUGCAAGAUCCUACGAAACCAUGGAGCAUGAGGUGUCUCAAAUAUUGGGGUACCGGUGGCAAGCUCUCACCGACAAGCAGUUUAAAAUGAUUAAAAUUGACUUUGGGAAACCUCAUUUUAUGUAUUCCUAGGACCAGCCUUAGUUUUUAAAAUGUUUUAUCUCAAGUUGCUAGCAGUGAAUUAAAGCAUUAAUCUGUUUUUUGUUAAAUUAUUUUCACGUGGGAAAUAUACAUACUGUAUAUAUAUUUUGAUAUCUAUAGAUCUAAAUUUUAUUUAGAUCUACAGAUCUACAUUAUUAUAGAUUUAUUAUAGCCCUGCUCUAAUUUUAUUGUUACAGAUACUUUGAUUAAAAAAUGUUUAAUGAAGUUUCUAUAAGUAAACAAAUUAUUAUUUAUUUAUGCAUUUGUUGGUAUGUAUCUGUACAUUUAUUGUUAAUACAUAAAUAAUUUAUAAUUCAAUGAUGGUUUUCUCAACCCAGAAAACUCAUCCAAUCCUUAUAGGAGUGGCUACUAUAACAAGUGGCACUAUUAAAGUAAUAAUUUUCUACUCAUUGGGUUAAUUCACAGCCCCAACCCCCAUUAGAAUAGGGUCUCAGCAAUUCAAUAGUCAUUGUAUUGUAAUCUCUAUUAUCAUUACAGUACUUGUUUGUCAAGAAGUGAGUGGACUAAUUAACAGGUAUACACAAAACUUCCCAAAUGCCAAUUAUAAAACUUACACAAUUUAUUAUUAAACUCACUUGUGAUGCUAACAUUACUUAAUUUGUUACUUCCCAAGUCCAGUACA